AUGGCUAUGCGAUCCGCUCAAGAAGGUCCGGAGCACCCACAUGGAAACGAACACAUGAACGGGUAUGAUAGUGGCCAUUAUGGCCGAGACAAUGGUCCACCUCAGUAUGGCCGAAAUAACUCCUAUGACGGUUAUGGAAGAGGAAUGCCACCCCCUAUGCAUCAUCCUGGGCCUCCUGAUCACGGCUUCGGUAGAGGUCCUCCUGAAAGAAAUCAUCAUGAUUAUGGAGAUAGAGGACCGCAUGACUAUGGAAGAAAUGAACCUCAUCCACAAGGUUGGUGA